GCAGAUCUUAAAGUACUAAAGAAGAAGACUGCAUAAUGUAACGCAGAAUCUUAUCCAGCCGGUGGGAACAGUGAAAGAGGUCACGCGGCUAGUCAGUCCACUGCCACCUACAUCUUCAAUUGCACUCGCUGGCCGUUUGUGUUUUGUUUCGGGGAAAAAACAAAACAAAAGAGAUCGUCAAUCGCGUGCUAUGAGCGGCAACUGAUUAGGAAGGUGGGCGUACCUGUGCCUGUGUUUGGGAGUGACAUUUACAUUUCUGCCGAGUUUUAUGAUGAAUGUGUUGUGAAACGUUUUAGGAUACAAAUAUGUGUGCCUAUAAAAGAUCUAUUGUUUGUCUGUACUUCGUGGUGCUGUUGGGCGUUGCUGUCAUGUGUUACACUCAACACCUGCAUCCCCCAGUGGAAAUCGACCCCCUUCCCACAAUGCCACGCGUCAAAAUGCCCCACAUGCAGCCGGAGGAGAUGACAACUUUCAUAUCACAGGCAGAGACCACCAUGUCCGAACGCUUCGACAACUUUGAACCCGCCAUCUAUAACAAGGGAGUGGUGCAGGAUCCGGGCACCCCCGCUUGGUUCAUGGCGGCGUCACACUUCACGUCUCCCUCCGCCAGGAACCUGAGUCAUGUGGCUCUUAUAUCCGAGGAAACAACAAAAUACAUCGUAAAAGCGUUCAAACUUUCCCGUGAUCAGGUGAGCUACGGUCUGCCGAUGAUGGACGUGAGGGACACGUCGCUGGGAGACCACUGCCCUCUGGAGGUGGAUUUUCCCUGCCAACCGCGCAAAUACCGCGCGUUUUCUGGUUACUGUAACAACGUGCAGAGUCCGCACUGGGGCAAGGCCAAUACGCGUUACCUGAGGUUCUUACCCGCCGAUUAUAGCGACGGUGUGAGCUUGCCGCGAGGUAGCGGCGGCUCAGAUCCGCUGCCCAGUCCGCGCGAGGUCUCGCUCGCUGUGCAUAGGGACGAGGACCUGCCACACCCACACCUCAUGGCCAUAACAGCUGUCUGGGGCGAAUUCAUCUCUCACGACGUGGCGCACACCCCGCAGAUGACAGGAUUUAAAGGCAAGCGUCUCAAAUGCUGCAGUGUUAACUUCAGUGACUUCCACCCAGAGUGUUUCCCGAUUCGUCUCCCGGAUGAUGAUCCCGUGCACGGGAUUUUUUUAGAGAUGUCAGGAAUACGCGCGGUCUGGAACAGCCCCUCGGAUAGGCUGUACUCUAGGACCCAGAGAGCAACUAAACCAAGUGACAUCAUUUCUCGACGCGUCAGUGGUGUACGGUAG